AUGGAACAUCAAGACCCAGUGAAAAGAAGCUGGAGAAAAUGUUUGUGCUGUCAGAGACAGGUGGAAUUUGGUGGGAUGGUGAAACGUCAUGAAAUAGCUAAUGAAGUCAAAGGAAGCAGUGUGCAGCUGGAGGAACAGUCAGAUAUCUACUGGAACUUAUGGACUAGUGUUGAGCCAGCGAGAGUCAAGAACUGCAACGGCAGAUCAUUUGCCAUGGACGCUAGAAAAAGACUGGAUAGCUUGAAGUCUGGCUGUAAUUCACCACAGCCAUGGGAUAGUUCUGACAGCCCUUUGUACUACUAUGACAGAGAAAAAGACCUCUGGGAUGGUGAAGACCCAGAGGUGGAGCAGUCUGCUUUAGACGUGGUGGACAUCCUUGAUUUAGAGGGAAACUUGGAGGAUGAAGAGAUUUGGUUAUAUGAACCUCCAAACAAGCAGUCAUUUGAAAAGGACUCUGCUCUCAGAUGGUGCCGACACGUACUGGAUAACCCCAGUCCUGAGAUGGAGGCUGCACGUCGGGGACUGAUGAAAAGGCUGCAUGGAAGAUCAAGUUACUACCUCUACAGACAUGCACCAGUUGUCACUCAUUCAUCCCGUGGCUGUUGGGAAAAAACAUCGGUCAACACAUCCCUCAAUGACUCUGAUGGUUUAGAUCCUGAUAAGGAUUACAGAUUACAGGAUAUAACGGAUGUUCAUAUUAUGGCCAAGAUACAGGAAAACAGUUUAAGACAGGAAUAUAUUUCCCUGCCGGCUGUUGCUCUCUUGAAGAGAAACCCAGACAUGUUUUCCUCCUUUUCCAACUCUGAGGUUGACCACAGCGAUGACUUCAGUCCCAGAAUUAAAAACAGUGUUCCAGGUUUUCCUUGCAAGCCUGGUCCAGCAGCAGUGGGCUCUCCCAGCUGCAGGUUACCGGUGCCAGCGGCCAAGGAGGGCUGCCAGAGUCCAAAACUGACCAAACUUCAUCAGCAAGUGACCCAGUUCAAGCUGCUGAGACUCGCUCAGAGUAAAGCGUCUUCAGGCAGGACCAGGUCACCGAGGCAGACGAGUCUGCGGUCCCUGCAGGCCGUCAGGAACAGCCGGAGCUUAGAGGUUGAUGACUACCAACCUGCUGGCAAAACCAGCCAACAUCCACCAGCUCCAGGCUAUGGAUUUGCAUCCCUGAACUCCAGCAGUGGGACCGACCUGUUGAGGGACUCUGAGCGGAUAACAGCGAUGAGAAGACAGUUCAGGUCCCAGUCUCUCAGUCCCAGCAGGCCUCACCCAUCCAAGGGGUACCUUCCUGUUCGCGGGCGGGUUUUUGCCUCACAGGAGAGCCCGACCAAGGCGGCUUGGGGCAGACAUGCCUCAUCCACUCAGAGAUAA